AUGGCUACUCCAGGAUUCAGCGGCGGUGUCCCACGGGAAAACAACGCCCCCGAAGUCUUUGAUGGAAAUUUACCACAGCUUGUCCCUGAUAACGUGGUAGAGAAUGGAGCUCAAGAUGUUGCGAAAGUCGAGACAGCCUCCCAGGUUAUUGAGAGCCCUGCAGGAGAGUCCAAGCCACCUCUCAUUUGCGAAUCCAAGCAGCACUUCGUCCUCUGGCGAGACGGCCAUUCCGACACCCUCCCCAGAUUCAAGCACGACAGAUCUAAGCAUCUCAAUAACCACAGAAGAAACCACGACUCCAAUCCCGACUACGUCCACAGCUACAUCGACAUCCAGCGCCCCAUGCAGCGAAGGGACGGUCGCCGCCGGCGAAACACAAAACUACCUUGGUCUCUGCAAAUUCUCGUGCGCAUACGGAUACUGCCCACCGGGACCCUGUACAUGCACAAGUCACGGCGAUGGAAAACCUUUACCUCCGGAGACAGGGGUUCAAGGGUGUCCUCUUCCUGGUUCAAGUGA